AUGGAAAGUGGGAAGGUUGGGCUGGAACCACUACUUAAGCAAAGGAGUGGAAUACUAGUCGACACUCCGGCAAUGCGUUUCCUGUCUCGUGUGUCUCUUGCACUGCUGCUAGCCACAGCAACAUUAGCUCAGUAUGAUAACGGAGAAGAUUACGACUAUAAAGACUACAACGGUGGCGAUAAUGGAAAUAACGGAGGCAACACAGGAGGCCAAGUAAAACCUCCCGCACCAGCACCAGCACCAGUAGCGCCAGUGGUAACAACAACUGUGAAUCCAAACAACAUGAGGUGCCCACAAAAUAGCGGUGUGAAUGACCGGAUAAGAAAUGCUGCACUUGAAGGUCACAACUACAGAAGGUCGAAUCUUGCCAAAGGAUCGGUCACGAAUAAGAACAACAAAAACCUUCCACCGGCGAGAAAUAUGCUUAAACUGGUAAGUAGGCUUGAUCUCAAUAGGCUGAUAGGGGGUGCUGGUAAAAACAAUCCUCUGUGA